AUGUCUAAGGAAAGUUCACGGAGUCUGAUGGAAUGGGAACCGGUCUCAGAGAGAAUAAUCACUGCUAGGUUCACGUCUCGAUGCCAGGACACAACUAUCAUACAAGCAUAUGCUCCCACAAAUGAUGCAAGUGAAGUGGACAAGGAACUGUUCUACGAACAGCUGCAAGCCACCAUGGCAAAGCGUAAGAAGAGGGACAUCACUAUUCUCAUGGGGGACAUGAAUGCCAAAGUGGGAUCAGCAAACAGUGGCAAUGAGGGUGUGAUGGGGAAGCAUGGAGUUGGGACCAUGAACCACAAUGGAGAGCUCUUUGUCGACUUCUGCUCCGUGAACGACAUGGUUAUAGGAGGCACCUUGUUCCCACAUAAGGAGAGCCAUAAAGUGACCUGGAGAUCACCGGAUGGAUCCUACGAGAACCAAAUAGACCACAUUGCAAUUUCUAGAAGGUGGCGCGGAACCCUACAAGACUGCAGAAUAAAGAGGAGUGCAGAUGUUGGCUCGGACCACCAUCUACUUAUGGCUGCCUGCAGGGUACGUCUCGCCGCUUGCAGAAAGAAAGUUCAGAAGACUACUAAGUACAAUGUGGAGAGGCUAAAAAACCCGGAUAUGAAACAGCAGUUUGUACUCACCUUGGCCAACCGCUUCGAUGUUCUACGUUACAAUUCGGAUAAUGAGGAAGAGUUAGAUGAUGAUGAAAUAGAAACCGAAUGGUCGACCAUCAAAGAAGCGUACACAAGCACAUGUGAAGAGGUUCUGGGAAAGGUAAAGCGGGAGAGGAAGGAAUGGAUGAGCGAGGGCACAUGGGAGAAAGUGGAGGAAAGACGCAAACUGAAAGCAAACAUCGAGAACUGCAGAACCAGGAACCAGAAGGCAAAUGCCAUGAAGCAGUACAACUCAGCUGACAGGAAAGUAAAGAAAAGUUGCAGGAGAGAUAAAAGGAAGUGGAUCUCAGACAAGGCUGCCGAGGCAGAAGAGGCCGCGUCAAAGCAGGAUAUGAAAACCCUCUAUAGAAUCACCAAAACACUGAGUGGGAAAAGAAGACAAAUAAACAAGCCAGUACAAGACAAGAAUGGUAAACUGCUUGCAACAAAGGAGCAACAAAUGGAACGCUGGAGAGACCACUUUAAAGAAAUUCUCAAUCGCACACCUCCACCGAAUCCCCCGGAAAUUGAGCCCCCAAUAGAACUGCUCGAUAUUCGCACUGGCCCACCAAGCAAGAUAGAGAUCCGCAAGGCUAGGACAUCACUAUGGAACAUCCUUGCCCACUAUGGAAUCCCCCCAAAGAUCAUCAACAUGAUCAAAGUCUUCUACAACAACUUCCAAGCACAAGUAUCCCACGAAGGAGAUCUGACAGAGCCCUUCAACAUGACCACCGGAGUGCGACAGGGGUGCCUCUUGAGCCCGCUGCUAUUUAUAACUGCACUGGACUGGGUGAUGAGGGAAACUACCAAAGAUGCCAGGACAGGAAUUCAGUGGACAUUGACGGACAUGUUAGAUGACUUAGACUUCGCGGACGACCUUGCUCUUCUGUGCCAUACCAUCAGCCAGAUGAGAGAGAAGACCCAGAGGUUAGAACACAAGUCAGGCCAAGUGGGACUAAUCAUCAACGCAGGAAAAACUAAAGAGAUGAGGGUGAAAACGGUGGGGAACGCCAAACCUGUGUGCUGCAGAGGAAUAGAGCUGGAGACAGUGAAGGAUUUCACAUACCUUGGCAGUGUCAUCAGCAGUGACGGAGGUGCGACCAAGGACAUUGAAGCCCGCAUAGGGAAGGGAAAGGCUGCCUUUGUCCAACUAAGACCAGUUUGGAGGGCCAGGAAAUCUCCCUCAGAACAAAGCUACGUAUCUUUGAAUCCAAUGUCAAGUCCAUCCUACUAUAUGGCUGUGAAACCUGGGGCCUAA